AUGGAGAGAAACGAGAAAGGUCCCUGCUCGCUGGCUUCUCACAUUGGUUGCUGGAGGGAGGAGCAGAAGGGUGCGCCCCGGGUCACGGUCAUGGGAGAUAAACAGGAACGCUUCUUCAACCUGUGUCGCAGCUUCUUCAACCCGUGUCACAGCUUCUUCAACCCGUGUCGCAGCUUCUUCAACCCGUGUCACAGCUUCUUCAACCCGUGUCGCAGCUUCUUCAACCCGUGUCGCAGCUUCUUCAACCCGUGUCGCAGCUUCUUCAACCCGUGUCGCAGCUUCUUCAACCCGUGUCACAGCUUCUUCGACCCGUGUCGCAGCUUCUUCAACCCGUGUCCACACACUCCAGCCACACCGACCCUGGGCCUCGCCGUCCGCAGGGUUGAGCCUACUCACUGGGUGCAAGGAAAAGAGGAAACACCAAGGAGCAGCAAGUGCCCUCACCGUGCCCGCUCCGUCUUGGCAGGAUGCUCCCAGGCAUCGAGGAUAGUGGACGGGAGAGACGUGGCCGGUGAGGGUGCAGUGACAGUGAGCCUCCAGCCUUCUGGCCAUGGAUCCUGCUCCGGAGAAUGGGAGAACGCCCGAGGCGAGGCGCUUGCUGUGUCCUCUGAGCAGCAGGACACCUGCUCAUGGUCUCCCGGGACCGGCCGCAUCCUGCCUCAGCGGUCCCUCCUGGCUGCUGUGGGCGGGGGUGUGUGCGUGGGGGGGUGGGGGGCUGCUCCUGGCCGCCUGCCUUCUCUGGGCUCUGCAGUCACUGCAGAGGGAACCCCACCUCUCUCAAGACUCCGCCUUUACGAGUCAGGCUGCUAA